CAUCCCGAGUUUAUGUCGACUUGUAUUGAUCUUAAUUGUGAAAAUCAAAGAAAUAAAAAUGAGAAAACUUUUGCUUGUGAUAAAUAUUUUAAUGAUCGGUUCUACUUUAUUAGCUUCAGCUAAUCCACUGUCUCAUCGUGAUUAUCCAAGCAAUGCAAUAGUCGGUGGAUUUGAAACGACCAUUGAUGAAAAUCCAUGGCAAGUGUCCGUUCAAUAUGAAUCUCAACACAGCUGUGGCGGUUCAAUCAUCCGAAAUAAAUGGGUAUUAAGUGCAGCGCAUUGCUCUGGUGAUGAUUUAAAUGCAUUUUCAAUCCGCGUUGGUUCCACUUUCCAUCGACAUGGUGGUUCAAUUAUCAAAAUGAAACGUAUCGUUUCACAUCCAAAUUUUAAUUCUACUUCGACAAAUUUUGACUUUGCACUACUGAAACUCGCCGAAUCCCUAAAAUUCACUGAUAAAAUACAACCGAUAGCACUUUUAAAUGCGGAUGCAGUAGUUGAAGACGGUACUCCAAGUUUGGUUACUGGCUGGGGACUCACACAAAAUCCAAAUGAAUCAAAUGAAGGUCUUCGUGGCGUCAUUGUGCCCAUUGUCAACCAAGAAUAUUGCAAAAGCCUUUAUGAAGGAGGCAUAACUGAUCAAAUGAUAUGUGCUGGAUAUGAUGAAGGCGGCAAAGACAGUUGCCAAAAUGAUUCGGGCGGCCCGUUAUCUAUUAAAAUUGAAAAUGACACAGCUUCUUUGAUUGGAGUAGUAAGUUUUGGCAACGGCUGUGCAAAACCUAAAUCUCCUGGGGUCUAUGCACGUGUGUCGUCAAUUAGACCGUGGAUCAAAAGUGUAACUGGAAUUUAACUCAAGUGAACAAUUUCCGUCAAUAUCAUUUUAUUAUUGAAAUAUUACAAAGCUAAAUCAA